AUGCAAAUUUUUAUUAAAACAUUGACAGGCAAAACUAUUACGAUAGACCAGAUCGAUCCAUCGGAUAGAAUUGAAAAAGUAAAAUCUAAAAUUCAAGAUAAAGAAGGUAUUCAUAUAGAUCAACAACGUCUGAUAUUUGCUGGGAAACAAUUAGAAGAUGUAAGAACCUUAGCUGAUUAUAAUAUUCAAAAAGAAUCUACUCUACAUUUGGUACUUCGAUUACGUGAUGGUCUAGGCGAUAAAUGUGAAUCGAUAAAUAUGCAAAAGAGAAGACUUAUUAAUAAUAUGAGAGUUGUUACUGAUGAUGAUGAAAAAUAUGAAUCAAUUGAUUCGAGUCAAAUGAGUGGUCUUAGUGAAAAUGUUGUUUAUACAAUUAAUAAAUGGCAAAUGGAUGCACAGUUAGUACUUUAUUAUGAUCCGAAAAUAAAUGAUUUAAAUGCAAUCAAAGCUGUUCAUUUACAAAAUAGUAGUGAUGUUGUAUUAGCACCAGGAAGUAUUACUAUUUUGGAUAAUGGUCGUUUUGUUGCACAGGGUGCAUUUACACCAAUGUUACCAAACGAUGAUCAAUUAAUUAAUUAUGGUUUUGAUUCCACUGUAUCAAUUCUUCGUACAACUCCAAUAACACUUCAAGAAGUUCAUACAGAAAGUGUUGAUAUCAUUUAUACUGAAGUUAAUAAAAUCAAUAAAAAUAUGGUUCCAACUGGCAUUGAUCUUCAACAAAUAUAUAUAAAACGUACACGUUAUUUAAUUAAAAAUACUUCUUUAGAUCGACCUAUAGUUAAGUUUUUUAUUGAUCAUGUUGCUGAUUCAUCAUUAAGGUGGUUAUGUUGUAACAACACAAAAGAACUGUAUUAA